AUGGCUCUGCCCACCGGAAACGGGAACGGCGUCCUGUUUCCCGCGAUGUUGCAGGUCACUAGCAGCAGGCUGAGGCUGAGCCCUAACUCGGAGCACAAGCCGGAGGCCUACGACGACCUGCAAUUGGAGUUCAGCCCUCUCCUCUUCAGCUCACUGGAGCGUUACUUGCCUCCGGCGAUGCUCAAUUUGUCCCGUGAUGCGAAAAUCCAGUUCAUGAGAGACAUCCUCGUUCGUUACUUCCCUGAGGCCGAGCGAACUCGCGUCCAAAAGCAAAGGGAAUACAGGGAGAGGAUUAUGUCUAACUAUCAGCCUCUUUACAAGGAGCUUCAAACCCUUGAUGAGACGAAAUUUUUUGUCCCAUCAUUUCUCCAAGCAGUCAAUGCAGGCACAGAGGAGAGUUUCAGAAAAAUCAUAAUAGAACCCACACCUGGAGUCUACUCAUUUGAAAUGCUUCAGCCAAAUUUCUGCGAAAUGUUGAUUUCUGAGGUGGAAAACAUUGAGAGGUGGGUGCAUGAUACAAAAUUCAAAAUCAUGCGGCCAAACACAAUGAACAAAUAUGGUGCUGUGCUUGACGACUUUGGCCUGGAACCAAUGCUUAAUAAGCUGAUGGAUGUUUAUCUACGUCCAAUGGCAAAAGUUUUCUUCCCCGAGAUUAGCAGAUUAGCGCUGGAUUCUCACCAUGGUUUCAUUGUCGAGUAUGGAGCUGAUAAAGAUGUUGAGCUCGGUUUCCAUGUCGAUGAUUCAGAAGUCACCUUGAAUGUUUGCUUAGGUAAGGACUUCUUUGGCGGAGAAUUGUACUUCCGUGGUGUUCGGUGCGAUAAACAUGUGAACACAGUACCCCACCCAGAGGAAAUAGGGGAUUAUUCCCAUAUUCCAGGACGUGCAGUUCUUCAUCGAGGUCGCCAUAGGCAUGGUGCCAGAGCCACAACUUCUGGGCAACGGUUAAACCUGAUUUUGUGGUGCAGAAGUUCGGCAUAUCGAGAGCUGAAGAGAUAUCAGACCGAAUUCUCUAGUUGGUGUGGGGAGUGUCUUCGUCGGAAAAAAGAAAGGCAGCACAGGGCAGUUGCAGCAACCAAAAUGGAACUGCUGAAGCGGGAUGGUAUAUCUACAUCGUGA